AUGUGUGGGUUCUAUGAGGAGGAUGGGGGCUUGGUGUGUGUAGCUGUGGAGGGGAGGAUGUGUGGGUUCUAUGAGGAGGAUGGGGGCUUGGGUCGUCAUGUCAAGACAGGGCAACUUGCGGCCAUCAAGGUCAUGGAUGUCACCGGGAGUGAACAGAUGACCUUCCAGACUCCAGCGACUAAUCCCGACCAAGUCUCUUCUUUCUUCCUGCUUGACCAGCUCCAAUCAGAUCAGUCCCCCUCCACCUGCCUCUUCCUGAAGUGGGAGGAGCCUAACUUUAAUGGGGCAGAUAUAACAUCUUACAUCAUCAGUCUGGACGAUCAACUCAUUACCGUGGAAACAGGAACCAGUCACCUGAUCACUGACCUUCAGCCAGACAGCCAGUACAGUGUGCGGAUCCAAGCGGUGAAUGUGAUUGGCUGUGGCCCGUUGAGCCCACCUCUGGUGGCUAGGACACGCCCCCUCCCUCCGGCCCCUCCUCAUUUGGAAUGUUCGGCUGCCGGCCCCCAGAGCCUGAAACUGAAGUGGGGGGAGAACGCUGCACACACACACACCCGCGCCCUGCUCUCCAAUGACAUGUUCUACACACUACAGAUGGAAGAUAAGAACCACAGGUUUGUGUGUAUCUACAGAGGUCCCAGUCAUACUUACAAAGUGCAGCGCCUGACCGAGUCCACCAGUUACCGGUUCAGGAUCCAGGCAUGUAGUGACGCAGGGGAGGGACCUUUCUCAGACACACAUACCUUCUCUACCACCAAGACUGUACCCUCCGCACUCAAAGCUCCCAGAGUGCAACAGCUGGAAGGGAAUGUGUGUGAGGUCACCUGGGAGACCAUUCCACCAAUGAGAGGUGACCGUGUCAACUACAUCCUGCAGGUGCUGGUUGGACGAGAGUCAGAGUACAAACAGGUGUUUAAGGGAGAAGAGAGUGCCUUCCAAAUCACCGGGCUCCAAGGCAACACCGACUACCGUUUCCGUGUGUGCGCCUGCCGCCGUUGCCAGGAUACCAACCAGGAACUCUGUGGCCCUCAAAGCCCCUCCUCCCCGUUCACCCUGCGCCGCCAGGAGCAACAGUGCCUGGGGGAGACCAGCGCCGUGGAGACGGUGAAAGGGGCGGGGAUAAUAUCCAGUGAUGAGCGCUUUGCGGCGGUCGUGGUGUGUGUGUUCGCCGGUGUCUCCAUCCUCAUGGCCUGCCUGCUACAAUACUUCUUCAUGAAGUGAGGGAAUGAAUCGGCAACAGGAUAGAAAAGAGAAAAGAAAAAGAGCAUCUACUAAAGAAAGGAAAGAAAACAAACACUUGAGAAUCAAGUGCAGGAUAGAAAGAGGAAAAAACCGAGAGAGGAA